AUGGAGACUCUAUCGCCUGAAGGACUUCGAUUGGACGGCCGUCGCUGGAACGAACUCCGCAGCUUCACAUCCCGUAUCUCCCUCCUUCCAGACGCCGAUGGCUCCUCCUACAUCGAACACGGCAAUACAAAAGUCCUCUGCGCAGUCCGUGGCCCCCGGGAACCCCUUCAACGGGGUACCGCACACCCCGAAAAAGCAAUCAUCACCGUUGACCUCUCCGUCCCCGCCUUCUCUACCACUGACAGAAAAAAGCGGUCAAGAACCGACAAGCGGUUACAAGAGUGGUCAAUGUUGGUUGAGGAUGUGUUUUCGGGUGGAGUGUUGGUGGGGUUGACACCGAGAAGUGAGAUUAGUGUCAGUUUGCAGGUGUUGAGUCAGGAUGGGGGCAUGCUUGCGGAUUGUGUGAAUGCGGUCACACUAGCAAUUGUGGAUGCAGGGAUUCCGAUAAGCAAUUAUAUCUGUGCCUGUACGGCCGGGUCGUAUGACAAUGAGCCAUUACUAGAUCUGAACAACGUGGAGGAAAAUGACAUGGCAUACUGCACAGUUGCAACGCAAGGAGCGACGGAAGAUGUUGCGUUACUACAGAUGGAGACAAGACUGCACCAGGACAAGUUUGAGAACAUGUUCAGUGUUGCCAUUGCUGGCUGUGCGCAAAUCAAGGAGAUGAUGGACAAGACCGUGCGGAAGACCAGCAAGGCAUACCUGGAUAAGUUGGAGGAGCAGAAGGAGUGA